CCGCCCGAACUUGGUGUUUCAUUUACAUCUUUAACAUGGCGCAGCCGAAAUAAAAGAAUCUACAUUGAAAAUUGUUUGAAGAUAUUGUGUUUUACGGUCCACGUAGUUAACUGUGUGUAUACGUGCUGUAGAAGAUUCGAUUUGGUGACAAUUAGUGGAAGUAAUUUUGUGAACUUUGAUCAUGGACUCGAUAUUGCCACCGCCGCCGCCAUUUUCGUUCGUUAAUAGUUUAGAAAAUGUUACGACGGGAAAUUUAUCAAAAGAGUGGGAAAAAUGGAAGAACGCAUUUCUCAUUUAUUAUGACGCGUGUGAGCUGUCGAAAAAAGACUCGAAAGUACAAUUAAGCAUCCUUUUACAUAUCGUCGGCGAGCAGUGCCGAGAAGUGUACGAGCAAUUUGAUAAAUCGUCGAUAACGAAAUCAUCGGAGUUACUGGAUAAGUUUGACUCAUUUUUCCUGCCUAAAAAGAAUCUUACUAUUGAACGGCACAGAUUUUUUACUCGCGAUCAAAAGGAAGGCGAGUCUAUCGAACAAUAUUCGUUCGAGUUAAAAAAAUUGGCGAGUUCGUGUGAAUUUAAAGACCUAAUGGAGACUUUAAUUCGGGAUAGACUUAUUUGUGGAAUAAAGGACCACGCGAUUCGGGAAAGACUACUACGGGAACCAGAUUUAACUUUGAAAAAAUCAUUAGAUAUUUGCAAUGUUGCGCAAAUUUCGAAGGUACAGGCCGGAGCCAUCAAAAAAGAAUCUGUGGAGCAUCAUGCCUAUGCGGUACAAAGAGAUUAUUUUGGGCAUCACGGAGUACUGCGGGAAGACAGUAGUGAAAUUAGUGAUGUAAAUCGGGUAAUGUGGGUAUCCCGGCGAGGAGCGCCCGCGCAUCGAGGAGCAGCGCGCGGGUGGCCCCGCGGUCGUAGGCAGCCAUCGCGCCCCCGUGCGCCGCCCGCUCACCCGCCCGCGCCGCCAGUGCAGCGCUGGAAUCUACCGAUGCAACGAAAUCAACUGACGUACGAACACGGUCGUAGUAGUGAGCGUAGUGCAUGGUGUUCAAUGUGUGGUUAUGAACAUGGGAACUCCAGAUGUCCUGCUGCAGGAAAGAGGUGUUUGAACUGCAACCGAUUUGAUCACUUUUCUCGGAUGUGCAAAAUUUACGAGAUUCAAGCGGAUGACUCAACCGAUCAGAUUCUUCUUCUCGCCGCCAUUGCCAUGGCUUCUGCGCAGGCUGUUAACGUUGUGGAUAGCGUCAAUAACCCAGGUCCUGGGCAAGUUAAUGUUGUGGAACAACCGGGUGAUGCAGUCAAAACAGUUGGACAAACAAGUCAAGUCGUUGAUUCCGGCUUCUACCUACCGUCUAGUGGUGACAACGUUGUAAUCGCUAACCCGGAUCCAGCCUACUACGUGGGCAGUGCCAACACCGGUGCUGACCUGUCUCCUCCUUCGACUAUUAUCCAGAAUCCAGAUCCAGGCUUUUACCUCCCGGGUAAUGAUGCGGUACAGACACCAUCAAUAGAUUCCGCUAUCGUGGACCCGGCUUUCUACAGACCUUCGAUCAAUUUAAGGCCCUUGAAAUACCCCAACCCAGCAGCCCGCACUGGAAAAUAAAGCAACGCGGUUUCAAAAGAAUAUCUAUACAAUACAUUGUUAAAUCCCAUGGAUCGUGCAAAACGGCAAACAAAUUGAAUUUAUAAUUUUUUACUUUCGUACCAUGUUCUAUGUAAUAGUAAUGUUUAAAAUCAAAUAAACGCAUAUUAUUAUUUCUAACUGAAGUAUUACUUUCUACAGUAAUACAAUAUUCUGUAUUUGCAAUAUAAUUUUUAUGUACUUAAUUAAAAUUCUGA